CUGCCCCACUGACAACUGAUCCAACCACUGGAAUGAUGUCAAUACCUGUCUCAAUAUAUCAAAGUCUUAUGGCAUCCCAGCAACAGGGAACACUGGAUCUGGGGUCAACUGGUCAGGUGGUGUUCACACAGGCAACUACCAACCAGCAAGUCCAGCAGCCUCAGAUUAUCACACAGCAGCAACUGGAGCAGCUGCAGCAGCAACAAACCCUCCAACAGCAUUUAGAGGCUCACCAGGAGAUUGUACAUGUAGGGGAACCUCUAGGUGUACAGUUAAAUCAACAACAUAUACAAGGUGCCAGUGGGGAUGGAUCAGAUAGCUUGAUAGCUACAGGAACUGUUGCAUGUAAAACUGAGACUUCAUAGUUCACAAACUGUUUGGAUAUUUUAAUAUGUAUUGUAUAUUUGUAUAUAAGAGCCAAUGUGUUCAAAUUAUGAAAAUGUGACAGAAAGGGAAAAUAACACCCCCAACUUUGUAAUGUUCUGUCAUAUAAAUGUAUCUAUUGAAAUGAAAUAAGUCUCUGAGGUUUUAGGUGUUGAGUAAGGGGAUAUUGAUCUUUACUGCACUAAAUAUCUUAAAUAGAAUUGUUCAUCUUUCAGUGUGGACAAGUCCAUUCAUAAAUUAUAGGGAAAAUUUCCAAAUAAGUAUUAACUGAAUAGUGUAAAGUGCACAACAUGUUGUGUAUUCUUAUCUUUGUUUGAACUGGUACCAGGUAAGCGUUACAUGUAUAUAUGCUGAAAAACUGUACAAAGCUUGCAAGAACGACAUACACUGCUGGACAUUGGAAACGCAUCCAUUGUUUUUUACCUUUUU